CAGGGGCGCGACAGAGCUGCUACUCCCCGCGCGGGCCGGCGGCCGCAGGCGGGGGAGACCGCUGUCAGCAGCGAGCGCUUUGGGUGCCGGCGGGUCCCCUCCGGUGGUGGCGCCGCCUCGCGCUUCGCUGCCUGGCCCCUCCGGCGGCCGUCCCGGCGGCGGGAUGUGCUCGGCCCGGCAGCUCCUCGGAGGCGGGGGUGGCAGCGACUGCGGCGGUGACGGCGGGGCGCGCGGCGAGGACGGAGACGCGCUGGCCGAGCCGGCGGCGGCGGGGACCGAAGGGGAGCCCGGGGCGAGCCCGCGGCGGAGCGGGCGGCGGCCGCAGGAGGAGCGCGGGCAGGAUUGUGAAGAAUCACAGAACCACGCUGGCGAUCCUGUUGGAGAUGACUACAAAAAGAUGGGAACACUUUUUGGUGAGCUGAACAAAAACCUCAUCAACAUGGGCUUUACGAGGAUGUACCUUGGAGAACGGAUUGUGGAACCAGUGAUCAUCAUUUUCUUUUGGGUUAUGCUGUGGUUCCUUGGCCUACAAGCCUUUGGACUAGUUGCUGUUCUUUGCCUUGUCAUUAUUUAUGUACAACAUUAAAAUAUGGCUGAAUGAGCUGUUGAUUGACAUUUGGUAGCCAUAUAUAUAUAUAUAUAAUUAGUGAAGUUAUAUAUUUCACUACAUGAAAGCCAAAAAGCUUGCCUUGUUUCAAAUUGUGUGCUGUUUUAUAAUAUAAUUAUAAGUGGAUAUUGUUUAAAAUAAAACUCAACUCUUGAUUAUAACAGGGUUCAAUAUACAUCUUGUAGCUUAUUCAAAAUUCUUGUGUUAAUACUAUAAUCUGUGCCCAUUUUUAAAUAUCCCUAUUCCCAUGCCAAAUCUUAAAUAACACCACCAAGUGAGCAGGGAAAAUAACAGGAUAUGCAGUUCAAAUUGGGCAAUAUAAGUCUUAUAAAGAGCUCCAGUAAAAUGUUUUAGAAGAAAAAUGAUGAAACAAUACGCUAAAAAUAAGUUGUACUUGGGGAAUUUCUCCCCACCCACUCCCACCAAAUAACCCCAUAUUAUUUGGGAAAUAAUUUGGACUUUUAUUGUCCCUGCUCAGCCCAAACCAUUGUAUAUGAUAAUUACUAUACACUACCUUAAUGUUUUGAUGAAAAUCAGUAAAGUUAGCACAUCUUCUACAGAUUGACAAUAGUAUAUUUAUUAUUGCUUGGGAAACUUCCCAAGUUAAAUAUAACUUUUUUAUAAUGAAACAUGUGGGCCUGGAAUCACUUCAGUAUAUCAUUUGGAGUUUUAGAUCAUUUUGGUGCUAAUUACUUUUUGUGAGUUUUUAAAGUUUCAUAAGCCAGAUCCAUAGUUAUUGUACCCCAUAGUAAUGCUAUAUUUUCUUGUACCUAACAAGUUGUAUAUUUUUUCCUAGAGAGAGACAUUUGCAGUGUUGUUUUUCAAAAUUUAUAUUUAUAGUUCUUUUAUAAAAAUUAUUCUAAGACUUUAAAAAUCAAUUUAUCUUGUAAUGAAUUACUUUUUUCCCCAAAAAUUUGAUUUGUAUUAUAGCUGAAAUACUUAACUAUUGUUUUGAGGGGGGGAGGUCAGUUCAUUUCUUUGAUAUAUGUAUUGGAAAUUACAGUAUUACAGAAUAAAAAGCAAAUGCUUAAAUGGAAUUUAACAGCCAAUUGUAAUAAUAUUCCUCUAAGGCUAAAGUAGAAUUAUUAAUGUGUCUUCAUUCAGCACUUUGGGAUUUUAUAUUGAAAUAAGCAUUUCUUUAAAUACACUUUGAAAAUGGAAAAUGGCUUAGUGACAUUUUGGAUUUUUGUCAGAAAACCUAAAAUUUUUACACUUUUGUCUCAAAGAGUUUCUAUAUAUACAAAGGAGAGGUAGUUAGAUGAUUAUCUAAAAAUUCAAGUUAAAUAAGAGAAAAAUGGAACAUUGGGUCAUUUUUACCUUUGGCAGGGCAAUAACUAAAGCAUGUAAAGUGUUUACUAGUCCACUUGGUGAAGUUUUUGCCCAAUCCUGUUUUUUAAAUUUACUCUAUAAGUUCUCGGUGUUUUCUAUUCGAAAGCAGAAAAUUAAUGAAAAAUAUUCAAGUUAGAUUUCUAAAAUCAGAUAAUCCUGAACAAAAAUACCAGUCAUAGGGUACUAAAACAUAUUGUACAUUUGUAUAAAUAUAGGCCUUUUAAUGUUUGACUUUGAAAAAAGACUUUAUACUAUACCAUUGUGUUUUUAUUGGGCUUGCAGUAUUUUUAUGGUCACUUUUAUAAACUCGGCAAAGUGUAAGUUAUUUGAAAAGCUGUCUUCAUUUGUGCACAGUGGAAUUGUGAAGUUUUUAAUGGAAGCCAUGAGAUUUUUUAUACCUGCAUUAAAUAUUAAAAAAUGCGUUCUUCUCUA